CCCCUGCGGGGUGGGGUGUCUCCAUCCCGGCAGUUGUAUUGUUUCUCUUUCCUGUUGACUGCCCCAAAGGUCCCAGGUUUGGGACAGCACCUGCGGGGAGUUUGAGGGGGGCCUCUUUGUCCCAUUCAACCGGCUGCACUGGCCCUGCUGUCCACAGGGUGGGAGCUCCAGGUCCUGCCUCUGGACCUGGGUGGCGGGACGUGAUCUGGCGCUGGUACACGCCACAGGCUCCAAAUCCUGCAUUCAGAGAUUGAGAAGGCACUGUGCUUGGCUGACCAUCUCGCAUAUUCCACACAUUCGUGGUUUUGAUUACUACAAACAGGCAUCACAGAGAUCCAGUGUCAGGUGCAAUGAGCAACCACAGCGUUGUCAGGGAAUUUGUGCUCCUGGGAUUUUCUCAUCUCCACGAGUUCCAGGUUCUCCUGUUUGCUCUCAUCAUGCCGAUAUACGUGCUGACAGUGCUGGGCAACCUGGCCAUCAUCACCCUCACCUGCCUGGACUCCCGCCUGCACUCACCCAUGUACUUCUUCCUCUGCAACUUCUCCUUCAUGGAGAUGCUGGUCACCUCCACCGUGGUGCCGAGGAUGCUGGCAGACCUGCUGUCCACUCACAAGACCAUGUCCCUGGCCGAAUGCCUCACCCAGUCUUUCUUCUACUUCUCCCUGGGCUCCACCACCUUCCUCAUCCUCACAGCCAUGGCCUUCGAUCGCUACGUGGCCAUCUGCUGCCCUCUGCGCUACCCCACCAUCAUGAGCCGUCCUGUUUGUGUGAAGCUGGUGGUGGCCUGCUGGGCGGUGGGGUUCCUCUCCAUCGUCUCCCCAACUCUACAGAAAACGAGGCUCCGGUUCUGCGGCCCCAGAGUCAUCGACCACUACUUCUGUGACUCUGCCCCGCUCCUCAAGCUCUCCUGCUCCGACACCAGCCACAUCGAGCGCUUGGACUUCUUCCUGUCCCUGCUCUUUGUGUUGGCCACCAUGCUGCUCAUCCUCGUGUCCUACGUCCUCAUCGUGGCCGCGGUGCUGCGCAUCCCCUCCUCCUCCGGGCGCCACAAGGCCUUCUCCACCUGCGCCUCCCACCUCACCGUGGUGGUCCUGGGCUACGGCAGCGCCAUCUUCAUCUAUGUGAGGCCAGGCAAGGGCCACUCCACGCACCUCAACAAGGUGGUGGCCCUGAUGACUGCCGUGGUGACCCCUUUCCUCAACCCCUUCAUCUUCACCUUCCGGAAUGAGAAGGUCAAAGAGGUGAUGGAGGAUAUGACCAAAAGGAUCCUCUCUGGAGACCCAGCAGCCCGCAGGUGACAGGACUGGAGAGCAACUGUCCAAGCCACGGGGAGCAAAGGCCCUUCCUGCAGGUAGACAUGCGGGUGCCCCGGCUGCAGCUCCCAAGUCUCCCCUUUCUCUGUCUCUCCUGUCCCCUCAUCUUCGUGCAAGUCUGCGCCUAGCUACAGGGAGCUCGUGGACACACGUCGUUAUUAAUAGACCCCUCAGAGGCAAGUGUCUGUGAGUCUGAGAUAGCCAAGGGGUGGACAGUUUGGAGUGAGCCACAGUGUGACUAUGGUGGGAUGAUAUCAACCAAAUGAGGUGACCCCAAUAAAGCUCUUAGUGCAGGGCCUGGUGCACAGGGAGGGCUCAGUAAGUUCAGCCAUCAUUAUUAAAAUGUCCUAUUAAAAUCUCUCCUCCUUAGUCUGGCUCUAUGGUUUUACUUACAUGUUUUUACAUUUCUUUGUGCGCUACUUUUAUUCUGGG